AUUAUCUAGUUCAUACAGAGAGGUCCGCCUCUUGGCUGAGGAUAGCUGCGAUUGACAGCGAGCAUUGAUCCGCUCUCUCGCUCUACUCCUGCCAACAAAACCAGCCGAGAAACAUGGAAUAAAGUCGAGGAUUCGCAGAACACCCGCCCGCCCGCCGACUUUUUUUUUUUUUUUUUUCACCUGGAACUUUAAAACCGUCUCCGGUCCGCGUUCCGAGCUCACACCGGGGCGUGAGGGCUCUCCUACCCCGCCGACAGAGCUGCCAUGGCCGGGGCGCGCCCGGGAGUUCACGCUCUCCAACUGAAACCCGUCUCUGUUCACGAAAUCCUAAAAAAAGGGAGCAAGUUCAUACAAUGGGACGAGGAGCCAGUGAUUCGGAAUUUGGUCACUUUGCGGGUCGACCCUCAAGGAUUCUUCCUGUACUGGACCGGAGCCAACAUGGAAGUUGACCUGUUGGAUAUUAGCUACAUCAGAGAUACCAGAACAGGGAAGUAUGCAAAAGUGCCAAAGGAUCCGAAGCUACGGGAUGUGCUGGGUUUCGGGAAUCAGGAGCACUUGGAGAGCAAGCUGAUCACCGUGGUGCACGGGACUGACCUCGUCAACCUCACCUUCCUCAACUUCCAAGCGGUGCAGGAGGACACGGCCAAGAUCUGGACAGAGGAACUCUUCAAAUUGGCGACCAACAUUCUGGCCCAAAAUGCAUCCCGGGACGUGUUCCUGAUGAAAGCGUACACAAAGUUGAAACUGCAAUUGAAUCAGGACAUGAGGAUCCCAGUUAAGAAUAUCCUGAAGAUGUUCUCCGAUAAGAAGCGAGUGGAGAUCGCUCUCGAGUCCUGCGGCCUCAAUUACAACAGGACCGAGUCGAUCAAGCCGGAUGACUUUACUUGGGAAAUCUUCCAGACGUUUCUCGGCAAGCUGUGCCUUCGACCCGACAUUGACAAGAUCCUGCUCGAGCUGGGCGCGAAAGGGAAGCCGUACCUGGGAAUAGAGCAGCUGACGGACUUCAUCAACCUGAAGCAGCGAGACUCGCGCCUCAACGAGGUUCUGUACCCCCCGCUGAAGAAGGACCAGGUCAAGCAGCUCAUUGAGAAGUACGAGCCCAACAAGAACUUCAUGGAGCGGGAUCAGAUCUCCGUGGAAGGGUUCAGCUGCUACCUGGGCGGAGACGAGAACUGCAUCGUCCCUCCAGAGAAGCUGGACAACUGUGAUGACAUGACUCAGCCCCUCAGCCACUACUUCAUCAACUCCUCACACAACACCUACCUCACAGCGGGUCAGCUGACCGGGCUCUCCUCGGUGGAGAUGUACCGACAGGUCCUCCUCACUGGGUGUCGCUGUAUCGAACUCGAUUGCUGGAAGGGGCGUCCGAACGACGAGGAGCCUUUCAUCACACAUGGAUUCACCAUGACAACAGAGAUCCCCUUCAAGGAAGUGAUUGAAGCCAUAGCAGAAAGCGCCUUCAAGACUUCCCCGUACCCCGUCAUUCUUUCGUUUGAAAACCAUGUCGAUUCAUCCAAGCAGCAGGUGAAGAUGGCAGAGUACUGCAGGACGAUUUUCGGAGAGGCGCUUCUAAUCGAGCCCCUGGAGAAGUACCCUCUGGUCCCAGGUCAAGCCCUGCCCACUCCCCAGGACCUGCUGGGAAAGAUCCUGAUCAAGAACAAGAAGAAGCACCCGCACAAAGUGUCCGAGGGGAGCAUGAAGAGACGCCUGGUAGAGCAAGGCUCCAACACGUACAGCGACACCUCCAGCAUCUUCGAACAGCCUUCUCCCAACAACGGAUGUCCGUUGCAGGACGCGGCAGAGAUGGGACAGCUGUUGUCCAACGGGGAAGAGAAGAUGGCUGAAAGGCUGGCUAAGGAAGGACAGCCCAGGAAAUCCAUCGAUCGAGAGCUGGACAGCGAGGAGGAGGAAGAGGAAGAGCAGCCAGACCUCAAGAAACCCACGACAGACGAGGGCACAGCGAGCAGUGAAGUAAACGCGACAGAAGAAAUGUCAAACUUGGUCAACUACAUCGAACCUGUCAAGUUCAAAUCCUUCGAAGUAGCCAGCAAACGAAACAAGUACUUUGAGAUGUCCUCCUUUGUGGAGACGAAGGGUUUGGAGCAGCUAACCAAGUGCCCCAUGGAAUUCGUAGAGUACAAUAAGAAGCAGCUGAGUCGAAUCUACCCCAAAGGCACGCGGGUCGACUCUUCAAACUACCUUCCCCAGCUCUUCUGGAACGCAGGCUGUCAGAUGGCAGCACUGAACUUUCAGACCCUGGACCUGGCGAUGCAGCUCAACAUGGGAUUCUUUGAGUACAAUGGGAGGAGUGGCUAUGUGUUGAAGCCAGAGUUCAUGAGACGCACGGACAAGCACUUCGACCCUUUUACUGAGAACAUCGUGGACGGGAUCGUCGCCAACACGGUCAAGAUCAAGAUUAUUUCGGGUCAGUUUCUGACGGAUAAGAAGGUGGGGGUCCACGUGGAAGUGGACAUGUUCGGACUCCCGGUGGACACCAAACGGAAAUUCAGAACCAAGACGUCCGCCAACGGGAACUCUCUCAACCCAGUCUGGGACGACGAGCCAUUCGUCUUCAGCAAGGUUGUCCUUCCGACUCUAGCCUCUCUCCGGAUCGCCGUGUUUGAGGAAAACGGGAAAUUCAUCGGGCAUCGGAUCAUGCAGGUGUCUGCAAUUCGACCAGGUUACCACUACAUCUGCCUGAAGAAUGAGCUGAACCAACCCCUGAUGCUCCCAACCCUACUGGUGUAUACCGAAGCCAAGGACUACAUUCCAGACGAACACCAGGAAUACGCAGACGCGCUUGCCAACCCCAUCAAACACGUCAACCUGUUGGAUCAGAGAGAGAAGCAGCUGGCUGCCCUGAUGGGAGAGAGUGAGAGGAACCUGGAGAACGUACAGCAGACCUCCGAGAAAUCCGAGCCUGACCACCCCAUUGUGGAGCGGACGAGGAGCGAACCCACGCAGAACACCCCGCAGCAAACGCUCCGACCAGCCGUCGCCAACACAGAGGGCAACUUCGGCAGCCCAGUUCAACGCGAUGACCUUAUCGCCAGUAUUUUGACAGAUGUCCAGCCUCAGUCGAUAGAGGACCUCCGGCAGCAGAAAGGCUUCCUGAAGCUGCAGAGGAAGCAGUACAAAGAGCUGAAGGAGCUGAAGAGGAAGCACAUGAAGAAGAUCUCGAAGAUGAACAAAGAGCAGAACGCCCGCAUCAACCAGAUGACCUCCGAGAGCAAGCGCCGCAAAUCCCAGGUGGAGAAAAACCUGAAGAGAAGCAUCAAGAAAAACGCGGACGAGUCUUCAGCAGCCAUAGAGAAGGAGCUGAGCGCCCUGGAGGCGGAGGUCUCUCAGAAGAACGUCGAGCUGAAGGAGUGGCAGAUGAAGGAGCUGCUGGAGGUGAGGGAGAAGCAGUUCCAGCUGGAGGGGACGAAGAAACUGGACCACUUCAAACAGGCUCAACAGAAGCUGAAAGACACGGCGACAGACUGCCAGGCUGUGCAGCUGAAGAAACUCAAAGAGAUCUGUGAGAGGGAGAAGAAGGAACUGCAAAAGAUUCUCGAUCGGAAGCGACAAAACAGCAUCUCGGAAGCCAAGAGCCGAGAUCGACAGAAGGCCGAAAUAGAACUGAAUGAGAUCAACCGCAAGCACAUCAACGAAUCGGUCACCUUGAUACGGCGCCUGGAUGAGGCACAGAAGAAACGGCACGACAAACUGCUGCUACAACAUAAAGAUAUCCUGCAGCAAAUCGGAGAGGAGCAGCCGCUGCUCCUGGCUCGCUUGGAGAAAGAGUCCGACGCUGAAUUCCGACGGCUUCCGCAGGAAAUAAGAACAUUCCUUCAAGGGGAACUCGACGCCAAAAUGCAUCCGACAGACGGCUACGACAAUGGGCGUGCCAACACAGACAGCUCCGGCCCGCCGUCCAAUCAGAGCACCCCUUCAUUCUCGCCAGCCAGUCGGGGUUGGCUUAGCGGGAGGAGCCUGGAUAAGAGUGGGCGGAGCCUGGACAAUAGCCUCGCCUCUCUGGCAGACGAUGACUCUCUCGGCAUCCCAGCAGCUUCCGAGGGAGAACUGUCAGUUUUAUAACAACAGCCAAGAGAGUUUUCCUUUCAAAGCGAGCGGACUUGUGAGGAGCGAGAGAAAAAACGACGGGAUACACUGGUGCUUUUACAGGCAAUCCUUUUUAUUAUUAUUAUUUUUUUAUUUCAAUUUUAAUCUUAAAAAAUAAAUAAAUAAAUAAAUAAAUAAAUAAAAAUGUACCGAAUUGUAAGGGGAUUUAAGUCUGAAAACCUUUUUUUUAUUUUUAUUUUUUUUAUUGAAGUUAUACCACUACUACUUUUAUCCAGAAUAUGACGGAAAUUCAUAUAUACUGUAUAUAUAUUUUAUUUUAUUUUAUUAUAAGGUAUUUUGUGGGCAAAAAUUUUAAACAAAUGAGUCUUUAUUUAAUAUAUUCCCAGUCUUUUAACUUGGGGUAUUUAGGAACCCCUGUCCCCCUCCGUUUGGCCCCAAGCUAAAUCGCAUAUUUGACAUCUUUCUCUGUACAGCUGUAACUAGUUUACAGUCACUGGGGUCUGAGGCGUACCGAUUCUAAUACAAUCUUCAGGUUUACCAUGAAGUAGUUCCAGAAAUUCACCACCAGAUGUCACCAUUUGGCAAGAAAGAAGUACACAGAAAGUAUAUCCCCUUCAGUCACUGUGUGCACAAUUGCACCAUGUUAAGUUUCCUAUGUAUGUAGUAGUUUCAGAAAUUCACCACCAGAUGUCACCAUGUGGCAAGAAAGUACACAGAAAGUAUAUCCACUUCAGUCACUGUGUGCACAAUUGCACCAUGUUAAGUUUCCUAUGUAUGUAUGUAUCUAUUUUAUAAUGCAAACUGUUUUAACAUUUGUAAAAGUAUAAAAAUACGUGACCGAAGGGUGAAUAUAUAUAUAUAUAUAUAUAUAUAUAUAUAUAUAUAUAUAUAUAUAUAUAUAUAUAUGCAUAUGAAAUGUAUAUUUAAGCUUAUCAUGCAUUUACAUCAGCUGUACAUUUUGUUUGCUGCUUCAUAUACUUUCACUGCAUUCGUGUACCACAGUAUGUCUCCACUGCUAAAGAAUCAUACAAAACAGUACACUUCAAAACGACUACCUAAUCUAAAGUAACAUUAGAUGGUCCAAGACUAGUGCUAAUGGAAAUUCAGAACAUAGUAUUAAUACUUCAAAAUAGAAUUCCCUACAGUAUAUUAGGUAUGGCAUAGCCACAGUUAAAACGACAAUAUAAAACGAGUAGUCACGGUAUACUAAACCUAUCCAGUAACUACAGUUAGGUCUGUCCGCGGUCCUGCCACGUUUGUAUUGUAUAAGUACGGCUUCUAGUGUUCAGGUUUUAUUUUUGAUCACGUGAUGUCCCUUUAAACAUAUUCUGAGACGAUUCUCUUUCUUAAUCAAACACUAAUUCCCAAAGGAAGUCGUUUUGUUUUACCCUCAUAUCUUGACUGAGUUCACAAACGACGUGCCUUGAUGAUCUCCACUUGAUUCUACUCAAACCUGCAUUUUGUUCUGGCUCUGAUCGCUGCAUUCAUCUUAUUAAUUUCCACGGCGUUAGUUUCUAACAGCGCUUCGCUAAUUUAAACAAUCUGGUAUUCACUUAUGGCUUAACAACUAUUAAUCAAGUUUUAAAGGGAAGGAGAGAGAUGGAAAAUAAAACCAGAAAACUGGAAGCCCUGUGUAUAUGCUUAUACUGUUAUACUGGUGUGCAAUGGGGUAUACUUUCACAAGGCUAAUAAGAAUAUACCCGUUCGAAAAAGCAACAUCAGUCUGUGAUAAUCCUGAAAAACUUCUGUAUGGAUAAUAUGGUCAAAAUUUAACGAUGGAGUAUUUUUUUUUUUUUUUAUAGUUUUGUUGUGCUUUCAAGCCAGUAGAAACCGUGACAGGUACUAGGGAUGUAAAUUUAGUAAUUUUUUUUUUUUUUUUUUACUGAAAUCUAGGAAUGGGGGAAAAAAUGAUUUUGUAGUGCUCCUCGAUUUUUAUAUAUAUAUUUUUUUUUUUCAACUUGUGAGCAAACGAGAAUGGCCGUGCUGAUUAUUAGCAACAAGAAACGCUUGGAUCGUGCAAGAAAAAUCUAAUCGGGCGAAAUGUUUGUUUGUGCGCAUGUAGAAAAUAUUUGGAGCAGAAUAUAAUGUUAUUAGUCAGCGACACUGUAUACAAUCAGAGCACAGAACCUACUGCUUUCCUAAUAAACGGUCUGUCUUGGCCUACUAGGUAGUGGAGCAGCCCAGAACUAAUCUUCCCCCUUUUUAAGAACAUUAACUGCAAUUACAGCUGCAAUUACAGCCAGCAGGGGGCAGCGUGUGCUAAGCAAAGUUAAAAACAACUCCCGAUUUUAUAAUUCGGCCACCUGGUAAAAAAAAAAAAAUUAUAUAUAUAUAAUAUAUAAUUUUUUUUACUUUUUAUUUUUUUUUUAAAUCAUGUUCAUGGCUCUUUAUUCUCAGUUUUUUUUACCAACAAAUUUCAGGGUUUUACAAAAGUUAUACAGUAGGUUUGUAUUUACCGAUUUUUAAAAUUUUAUAAAUAAUAAUAAUAAUAAUAAUAAUAAUUCACCUAAAAUGUGGCCUGCGCAAGCAUGUUAAGAUUCUGACUGAGAAAAUCCACGACUUUAUGUUAGAUGUAUUUAUGAAAAUAGAAAACAUGUUUUACUGUAAUCUGGGUCUGUCUGUUUAACCUACUGCACUUAAAUACUGAUACAGGUUAACUUCCCUAGCUUUCCACGUUUUACAUUCGCAAAAAAAAACCACACACACACACAAGCAGGUGAGCUGCUUCUUCCGACCGGAUAUAUAAUUAUUUUCACCUGUUUUUUUUACAAAAAAAAAAAUCACUAAAAAUGGAUACAUUUCCAGAAUGUUUACAUAAAAUAAAAACCGAAAAAUAUCUUCCCUAACGGUCACUUUAGAGAAGGUAUGAUUUUAACCAACCAUUCCAUUUAAACUGUAAAGAACAAAACAGAAAGCCUUUUUUAAAAUAUAUAUAUUAAAAAAAAAAAAAAUCUGCUGUGACUUUAGCGAUCAUGAUGAUUUUUAGUUCUAUUGAUUUUUCUUUUUGAUUUUUUUUCAAUAUAUAUGUUUAGAUUCUGAAGCGGAAAAAUAAAAAGGAACAAUUUAGUUCUCUGCAGUAUGUAUUUUUUUUUAUAUCAAACUAUGUUUUCUGACUCAACUGAUCUGUUUUUAUUUUUAUGUUUUAUCAAGCUAUUGCACUUUUCUCCUUUUUUUCUCACUAGGUACUGAAUUACUGUCCAUAUGGUACAUCUGUAGAAGUAAUAAUAAAAAUAACAAUACUAAAAAUAACAAGAAUAUAUCCAUAUUAUGAUGUCUUUGUACAAACUGCAUGACGAAUACUGAACACCGUCUAGCGCUUGGAACAAAAGUAUAAACUUUACCGUCUAUUUUGUCCUUACGUUAAUCCUGUUGCAUCUGCAGUUUUAAUAACUCUCCAUAGAUAAUGCAAAAUAAAACUCUGUUCCUAACGCUGUCCGUUGUUCAGUAUCGUUGUGUCUGUUUCAAAAGGUUGGUCUUUUUAAAAGGGAAAUCAAUUCAGGAUGUAUGUAUUUUUCUUGUUGAGUAAUAGAACUCUAUGUAAAUGUAAUUAAAAUGGAUUUUGGGAUACUGAA